GCCAAACUCAACCGCCCACCAUUGAAGACGAUAGAUCAGUCAUUGCAUCAACAAGCCAUUGUCGACUGUCUACACUCUUUUACGGCGCGACAGACACUCCUUUCAAGGCUCCACCAAAAUGAACAGCUUUGCAUGCCUUCAAAGCUCCCGUCGAGCCCUCUACAGGGUCUUUGUCCAACAUGAAGCUCUCCUCACACGACAGUUCCAACCUCCGCGAGCCCUACCCAUACAGAACCGUUCCUUCUCCGCAUCACAAUUAAGAGCCCGCAAAUCGAAGAAACGCGAAGAUGAAAUUGAGACAGAUCCUUUCGCUGAUGAGGGCCAAGACCGAGGUUUCGAUCGACGAUACACUACCCAAGAGGAGUUUGAAAAGUCUGGUCGCGAUCGUCUCCCCCAAGAUUUCGAGAUCAAGGACCCAAAGAUCAUGGUUCUCGAUAAUGGUGUGUUCGAUGGACCUCUUCUCACAAAAACCGUUUUGAGUCGACUGCCCGAGACAGACUCCCUUCGCAUGGUGACACCCUACAUCCCAGGUGAUCCAAAGAAGGACAAGCCAACUCAAUAUGCUAUUUGCAAGAUUGUCAACAAGAGAGAAGAAUACGAGCGUCAGCGUGAAUUGAUCCAACGCCGCCGUUUGUCCAAACAGACCACACCCAAGACCAAAGAAGUUGAGAUGAGCUGGGCCAUCAGUGAGCAUGACCUUGGGGUCAAGACACAGCAGCUGGUUGGAUUCCUCAGCAAGGGAAUGAAGGUUGAACUCAUCCUUGGAUUUAAGAAGAAGGGACAGAAGAGACGAACGUCUGAGGAUACUGCAGAGGAAGUCUACACCAAGGUGAACAAGCUUGUCGAGCAACUAGGAUCAAGAGAGUACAAGCCGAGAGAUGGAGAGGUUGGAAAGACGAUGAGGAUUUACCUCGAGGGAAUCAUAAAACAGGCCCGUGCAAAGCCACAGGUGGAAGAGGAAUCACAAGACGCAGAUGCUCAAAAGGACGCGUAAAUGCUUGAUGUAACAUAAUCUACUGGGUAUCUGCCAGUCAAGUCUAUAGCCGAAUAAAGAAAGUCAUCAGUCCGGUUGUCGUCUCCCGGAUAUUGAGCCCAUUUUAGACACCAAACUCCAAAGUCCAGUCCCAAGAACUAAAGAAUCUCAUCACCAUCCUCGUCUGCGGGUAGAGGUACCGCCGCAGGAGUGGUGACCUCUGCAGACGGCAAGGUCUCGUCCGCAACAUCCAUAUCCUCGUCCAUAUCGACUCCAC